CAAGUGGUUAUACUUGGAAUCAAACAGUAGUUGUAACUUGCAAAACUUUUCUUGUUUUAAGAAAUAAAAUUCUGUACUAGAGACUUGAUAUUUCUGUGUACCUUUCUGUGGUGUCUACAAAACUACAUUCCUGCCUACAGCUUAACUCUUUCUUGUCCAAUCUGCCGUCAGACCUCUAUCUUGCCUGAAAAGGGAGUUUCUGCGCUACAGAAUAACUUUUUCAUUACAAACCUAAUGGAUGUUCUUCAGCGGACUCCAGACAACAGCUGUGAGGACUCCUCCAUCCUGGAGACUGUCACAGCAGUAGCAGCAGGGAAACCCCUUUCCUGUCCAAAUCAUGAUGGAAAUGUAAUGGAGUUUUACUGCCAAUCCUGUGAGACAGCAAUGUGUCACGAAUGUACAGAAGGUGAACAUGCCGAGCACCCAACUGUUCCCCUCAAGGAUGUGGUAGAGCAGCACAAGUCUUCCCUGCAGACUCAACUGGAGGCUGUCAAACAGAGGUUGCCUGAACUGGACUCUGCUCUUAGUUUCCUGUCCGAAAUCUUGCAAGAUUUGACUAAUGAGAAAGUAAGCAUUGAAGAAGACAUCCAUGCUACAUUUGAUGAGCUCCAAAAGACUUUAAAUGUACGAAAGAGUGUACUGCUUAUGGAACUAGAAGUCACAUAUGGUGUUAAACAAAAAGUUCUCCAAGCACAAUUGGAUGCACUACUGCAGGGUCAGGAGAGCAUUAGGAGCAGUUGCAACUUCACUGAACAAGCUCUAAACCAUGGGACCGAAACAGAAGUGCUUUUAGUGAAGAAGCAGAUGGGUGAUAGGUUGAAUGAACUAGCUGUUCAAGAGUUUCCUUUACAGCCCCAAGAAAAUGAUCAGCUAGAGUUUGUGGUGGAGACUGAAGGACUGAAGAAAUCCAUUCAUAAUUUAGGUACCAUAAUCACCACAAAUGCAGUGGCCUAUGAGACUGUUGCAACAGGUGAGGGAUUGAGACAAUGUGUGAUUGGCCAUCCUACGUCUGUUACUAUAACAACAAAGGAUAAAGAUGGAGAACUUGUGAAAACUGGAAAUGCGUGCCUAAGUGCUGAAAUUGCAUCUCCUGAUGGUAGUGUCGUCGAUGGAGAGAUACUUGACAAUAAAAAUGGCACCUAUGACUUCCUUUAUACCAUUCAGAAAGAGCAAAAGGAGGGUGACUUUACACUCACACUCCGACUGUACGAUCAGCAUAUUAAAGGAAGUCCAUUUAAAUUGAGGGUUGUCAAACCCACUGAUCUGUCUCCUACAUCUGAUGGAGUCAAACGUCGUGUGAAGUCACCUGGUAGUGGACACGUAAAACAGAAGGCUGUAAAACGGCCAGCUAGCAUGUAUAGCACUGGAAAAAGAAAAGAGAAUCCGAUUGAAGAUGACUUGAUCUUUAGAGUUGGUAUGUAGAUUUCUUUUUUAUAA